ACAGGGUCCAGCUGGAGAGACCAGGAUCACCAGUGCCCAGCUGUGUGUCCAUGAAGAGUGACGAGUCAAUGGAGCCUCCAAUGCAGUUCAGAGGUGGAGCCCUUGACACUAACCCCAGGGUCAAGCUGGACAGGCCAGGUUCACUAGUGCCCAGCUGUGUGUCCAUGAAGAGUGACGGGUCAAUGGACACACCAAUGCAGUUCAGAGGUGGAGCCCUUGACACUAACCCCAGGGUCAAGCUGGACAGGCCAGGAUCACCAGUGCCCAGCUGUGUGUCCAUGAAGAGUGGUGGGUCAAUGGAGCCACCAAUGCAGUUCAGAGGUGGAGCCCUUGACACUAACCCCAGGGUCAAGCUGGACAGGCCAGGAUCACCAGUGCCCAGCUGUGUGUCCAUGAAGAGUGAUGGGUCAAUGGAGCCACCAAUGCAGUUCAGAGGUGGAGCCCUUGACACUAACCCCAGGUCUGCUGGGCAAGGAGAUGUGUCCUGUGAUUUCUGCACUGACAAGAAGAUGAGAGCUGUGAAAUACUGUCAUGUCUGCCCAGCCUCCUACUGUGAGAUACAUGUCCGACAGCACUACACGGUCCCAGCCCUGCAGAAACACAGACUGGUGGACAUCAGUGGAGACCAGGAGCCCAGACUGUGUCAGCAGCACCACAGAGCUCUGGAGGUGUUCUGUAAGACUGACCAGACUCUCAUCUGCAGUCUGUGUUCAGUGCAGGAACACAUGGGCCAUGACACCAUCUUUAAGUCAGAAGAGCGACAGACACAGGAUGUGGGAAGAGCUGUGAGUGACCUUACAGAUGAUCUUGAGAAUUUCCACACAGGAGGAUUUCAGGAGACUGACCAAACAG